AUGGCUAAAAGAAAGUGUGAAAGCGAUGCACAAACUAGAGAUUACAAUUCAUGGUCACCUGAAGAAGAUGCUCUUUUAGUUGAUGGGAUGCUACAUUUGGUUAAUACUGGAAAGGUGAUCAAUGGAGCGUUUAAGAAUGGUGCUUUUCAAGAUUUGCAAAAAUAUAUGCAAUCUAUGUUGCCUGGAUGUGCCAAAAGGGCCAAUCCUCAUAUCAAGUCAAGACAUAAAUAUUUAAAAAAACAAUAUCAUGCUAUAUGUGAAAUGAGAGGAGAUAGUUGUUCGGGUUUUGGAUGGGACUCGGAGCGCCAGUGUAUCACUGCGGAUGAUGGUGUAUUCGAAGAAUGGAUUAAGGUUCAUCCUAAUGCAAGUGGGAUAAAAAACAAGCCUUUUCCUUGUUUUGACAAACUUUGUCGAGUAUUUGGCAAAGAUCGGGCAACUGGAGCUGCAGCCGAGUCUGCAGCAGACGCUGUUGAGGAACUUGAUAAAGAAGAGCAAAUGUUGGGAUCUGAAUCAAUGCCUAACAGUACUUCAUACACUUUGUUGGAUGAUGAUUUUGAAGAUAUAUCACAAUUCAUGACUAGUGACGCACCAAAUAUUUUUCAUGGUGCUUAUUCCGCGGGCAACAAAAAUUCAAACCAUACUAGUCCAUCUUCAUCCCAAGCACCAAAUGGCAAGAAGAAGCAGAAAGUUUCUGAUACUGAGAUGCUCAUACAAUCUUUUACUUCUCAAAUGACUAAAUUAGAAGGUAUUUUUCAAGGUGCAGGUGGUCAUAUUUCUAAACUUGCUGACUGUUUUCAACAUGAACAAGAUGCAGCUGAGAGGAGGAUGAAGAUAUAUGAAGAGUUAAAGAAAAUCAAAGAUAUUUCUGAAAUACAAAGGCUGACAGUGGCAAGAAAGUUAGUUAAAUGUCCAUUUGAAACUGACUUCUUUUUCAGCUUGGAUGAUGAAGCUAGAAGCACAUAUGUUUUGGCUCUUUUAAUUCCAGAUGCGUGAUAGACAUGAUUUACAAGACAUGGUAACAUAUUGUUGUUGCUGUUUGAUACUAUUUUGAUGAAUUUUGUUGACAACGAAAUUAGUGCAUUAUGGGGUCUCUUAUUUUUGAUA